AUGAUUCGGAUAUGCGCCAGUUAUUUACUUAUCACACAAACAUUUAUGCCUAUAAAAGCCCUAAAAAAACCUUCAGACAUUAACGAAUUCACAGUUGAAGACCAAAAAACCCAUAGAAGACAAAAUUAUGUCAUGGCAAGAGCGAUGGAUGAAGGGAUGCCGGGCAACGAUGAUAUCGGUGUUGCCUACACUACCGACUACUUCGACGUCGAAUCAAGUCCUGAAGAGCUGCCAUCUUUUAUUGUAGAUUAUGCUAAUAUGAUAAAGAACGACAUUAUCCUACUAGAUAAUUCUGUUGAAACGAGAACUCGUAAGAGAGGUAACAUCAAAGUCGAAAAAUACAAACGAGGACCCCUGGAUUUUCCUUGCAGUUGUGAACAUAUGUAUCAUAGCAAAGAAACAAUUGAUUUGGGGGAGGAAUAUUUUCCAAGAUUUAUAGAAACAAAAAACUGCAGCAAGCGGCUUUGUCCGACUUCGUACAAUUGUCAAAAAAAUUUGUAUAAUAUAACUAUUUUGAAGAAGACUGGUUACCCAAAUGAAGUGUCACCAGUGGAAGUGCCUCGUGAGUUAAAACAUCGCUGGGUAGCGAUAAGAUUACCAGUAACUACAGGUUGUAUUUGCGCUAGAGAUCAUGUUGACAGCAAUUAA